AUGAAAGAGAGACAUGGCAGUUACUAUGAAAUGAUUAAACCGCACCAAGAGAGAAGAGAACAACGCACUGGUCGUAUGUUUGAUGCAACAUACGUUGGUGAUGGUGCCCAUGAUGUUUGCGACAAGAUCUGCUUCUUCAUGGUGAUGAUGGUCACAACAAGUUAUGUUAAUCUUGCUUGA